AUGCACCCCGUAAUCAAUCUAUCACAUCUCAAGCGCUACACCCCGUCAGAACAUCGAUUCGGCGAACGCGGCCAGCUCCCCGCUACUCGAGACUUACUGCCAGCAACCGAAGAAUGGGAAGUUGAGGCUAUCCUAGGUCACAAAAUUUCCUCGCGAAAGACGGGACGGAAACGCCUCUACCUAGUGAGAUGGAAGGGUCUCGACGCUACCAAGGAUUCAUGGCUGUCUGAACACGAACUCCGCAACGCGCCUGAGCUCAGGAGAGAAUAUUUGCGCAGCAUAGAAGCCCCUAAAGGGCGCGCUAAGCGGAACACGUGA